AUGGACACCGACGCAGCUGGACUCGAUACAAAUCUGUAUUCGAGACAAAUAUACGCUCUCGGAGAAUCUGCAAUGAUUCAUCUUAGAAAAGCCUCGGUCAUCAUUUCCGGAUUGGGAGGAGUGGGUGUCGAAGUGGCGAAAAACCUUAUACUCGGAGGAAUCCGCAACGUUACUCUUCAUGAUACCAAAGAAACGCAGUGGUUAGAUCUGUCUGCACAGUACUACCUCACCGAAAACGAUAUUGGUAAAAAUCGUGCUGCUGCUAGCUUCGAGAGGCUUGCUGAGUUGAACGACAGCGUCAAUUGUCAUCUACUCAUGAAUGAACUCACAGAAGAUGUGAUCAAGCAGUUUGAUCUCGUUGUCCUGACUGAUAGUGCGCGAAGUGUGCAAUUGAAAGUGUCUGGUUGGACUAGAGAGCACCAGAAGCGUUUAUUGAUUGUCGACGCUCGUGGCUUGUACAGUUAUAUAUUUGCUGACUUUGGAGAUUCGUUCAGAGUGGAUGAUCCUAAUGGCGAGCAAGUCAAAGAGUUUUUGAUUGAACAUGUGGAUGCCGAAACUGGGGACGUAAUCACGCUGGAAAACCAGAUGCACGGUCUAGAAGAUGGAGAUCAUGUCACUUUCUCGGAAGUCAAGGGAAUGACACAGCUCAACGACUGCGCCCCAAUCAAAAUAACCGUCAAGAAGCCACACGUAUUCAAUAUUGGCAAUGUUGUAAAAACCAUGUCUAGUUAUGAAGAAGGAGGUCGCGUUAAGCAAGUCAAGGUACCAACCUAUGUAACGCAUAAACCUCUGGCAGAAUCACUGGCUGAUCCGGAGUUCGUCUUGUGGGAUUUUGCCAAAUUUGAAUAUCCUUCUCAGCUACACGCUCUUUGGAAUGCUUUGUAUGAGUUUGAAGCGAAGCACGGCAGGAGUCCCAGGCCUCGAUGUGAUGGUGACGUUGAGUUGUUGAAGGCAGAAUUACCUGAAAACACCACUGUUGAUGAGAAACUUCUGAAGUCUUUUUGCUAUCAGGCAAUGGGCAACCUGGUUACUAUCGCUUCGGUGGUUGGUGGCAUUGCCGCUCAAGAAGCGAUGAAAGCGGUUACCCAUCAUAUGACUCCUCUGAAGCAGUGGCUCUACCUUGACAGCGAAGAAGCACUACCGGGAGAUUGGAGCCAGUUCGACAAUGCUAAACUAACUGUUGAAGAUUGCAAGCCUCGCGAUUGUCGAUAUGAUGGACAAGCUGCGGUCUUUGGAUGGAAAUAUCAAGAAGAGCUCUUCUCUCAGAGAUGGUUCGUAGUUGGUGCAGGUGCAAUUGGAUGCGAGCUUUUGAAGAACCUUGCAAUGAUGGGCGUAGCAUGUGGCGAAGGCGGCUUAAUCAAGAUCACAGAUAUGGACCAAAUUGAAAUUAGUAACCUCAACAGGCAGUUCCUCUUCCGAAUGAAUGAUGUUGGGAGCAAGAAGUCGGUUGUGGCGGCCAGAGCAGUCAAAGUUUUCAAUAAGGAUGUACACAUAGAAGCCCUGGCGGAAAGAGUUGGCCCUGAUACUGAGCACAUCUUCAAUGAUGAUUUCUUCGCAGAACUUGAUGGCGUUGCUAAUGCUCUGGACAAUGUUGAUGCCCGUCGAUAUAUGGACAGAAGAUGUGUUUACUAUCGCCUGCCAUUGCUUGAGUCUGGAACUAUGGGUACAAAGGGAAACACCCAAGUUGUUUAUCCUCACCUUACAGAGUCUUAUGGAUCUUCUGUGGACCCACCUGAGAAGGAUAUCCCAAUCUGCACUUUGAAGAACUUCCCCAAUGAAAUCCAACACACCAUUCAAUGGGCCAGAGAUCUAUUCGAAGGCUUGUUUACCGCUCCAGCUGAAACCGCGAAUCAGUUCCUUUCUGAUGAAAGAACAUUCUUAGAGCGUUUGGAGCAGAUGAAUGUCAGUCAAAGAACGCAGCUUCUUGGACAGGUCAAAGAUGCUCUCAUUGACAGUAAACCAGCAUCUGCUGAGGACUGCGUGAAAUGGGCCCGUAUGUUAUUCCAAGAAAAUUACCACGAUAACAUUGCUCAAAUGCUUCACUCAUUCCCACCAGACCAAGUUACUGAUCAGGGAGCGAAAUUUUGGUCUGGCACCAAGCGAUGCCCUCACGUGCUCGAGUUCGAUCCUUCUCAGGAGGAACAUCGGAAUUUCGUUUAUGCUGCAUCCAUUCUGCGAGCAGAGAUGUAUCGCCUGAAGCCAUUGCUUGAUGUAGACGUCGUGAUGAAGAUUGCAAAGUCCGUUCAACCUCCUCCCUUCAAACCACGUGCAGGUGUCAAGAUUGCAGUUACUGAGGCUGAGGCUAAAGAAAAUGCAGAAACUGAUGAUGCCAACGCCGAUGCUAUGCUAGAACAACUGAAGGUUAAACUAGCUCGUCUCCAUACCAAAACUAUUCCGAAACUCAAACCCAUUGAUUUUGAAAAGGAUGACGAUACUAAUCAUCAUAUGGAGAUGAUCACAGCAGCAUCUAAUCUUCGUGCAGAAAACUACAAUAUUCAGCCAGCAGAUCGAAUGAAGACCAAACAAAUAGCCGGUCGAAUCAUACCUGCUAUAGCUACAACCACAGCUACUGUUGCCGGAUUAGUUUGUGUUGAAUUAUACAAGAUGAUUGGCACGACGAAACCUCCCCUUGAUCGCUUCAAAAACGGCUUUAUAAACCUUGCUUUACCGUUCUUCGGAUUUUCUGAGCCUAUUGCUGCCCCAGUUAAAAAGUACAAUGACGCCAGCUUCACUCUCUGGGACAGAUUGGAGAUACAAGGGCCAAAAACGUUACAAGAGGCUGUUGAUUGGAUUCAGGCAAGAAAUGAAACUGGACUUGAAGUGACAAUGCUGUCGUCAGGUGUUUCACUCAUUUACUCAUUUUUCAUGGAUGCCAAAAAACGUGCUCACCGAAUGCCUAUGGAUGUCAAAGCUGUCGUGGAGGACGUGUCGAAGCGACAAUUGCCUGACUAUCAGCGUUCCUUGGUCUUGGAGGUUAUGGCGACCGAUCCAAACACCGACGCUGAUGUAGAGGUUCCUUACAUUCGUUAUGUGUUUGCAUAG